AUGCAGACGUCCACCAUGCCCGAUGGUACCGUCUUCAUUGCUGUGGGCGCCAUUCUCGGCGCAUUCGGUCUCGCCAUCCUGCUCUGGCGCGCCAUCAUCGCCUGUCUGCUGCACCGCUCGGUCGAGAAGGCUGCGAUGGCACAACACCUUGCCAACGACAAGACACCAUUUCCGACCCCUCCCGCGCCUUUCUACAAGUAUACCGAUCACGAAUCCGGCUCGGCACAGAACGUGGGCUCUGGCAGAGGCGUGCGCAGGACCAACAGAGGCCCCGUCCCGUCGGCGACGCCGUCUCAAACGAACUUGUUCUUCUCGCCUACCGCUGUGGCCGGCGCGAAUCCUCGCGACUCGACGUACCGUGAUGCUCCCAACCGGAACUCGACCUACCGAGACUCGCGCUUCCUGCCCGCUGGGUUCUACGCCGCCGGUCAAUCGUCCUCCCCGCACAAUGUCGACGGCGGCGACGGCUCCUCGAUCAGCCUGAACAACCUGCGACCGGAUUCGCGAGGGCAUGCACACAGGCUGUCGGCUCAGCCCCUCACCGAGUCACCCGACUUUGGCCCUCAGCGGUCACCGAUGGGCCACAGCACGAGCAGUGUCAAUCUCAACGCACCGGCUGGCGGACGGGCGCCCAGCGCCUACCUGGAUGACCUGCUCGCAGAGAAUCCCGAGAUGUUUCCACCUUCAGGGAGCACGCCGACGCCUACCAACGCCACCCACCCGAACCAUCCUUACCGGCAGAGCGGCCGGUUCUAGUUGGACCCGAUGAAUCCUUGUCUGGAGACCAAGCUCUCCAAGGUUUCGGAGUGGAGCGGCGAGUCUCGUGCUACACAUGAGGCUAAAUUUCUACGGGACGGUCAGGAACAUGAGACCCUGUAAAAUUAAAACCCAGAGAAGAGGAGGAAAAGGACAAGAAGGCGCGGGAUACGCAGAGGUAACUGCAUUUUUAAUUAAUGUGGAGGCUGUGUUGUGAUGGAAAACGUGAUCAAGUUGGCUGGAGUUUGCGGGUUGGAAUUUUGCUGCCUCUUGGCCAUCAUUGACGAGGUUCUGGCGUGUUUUCACCCUCUCAAGGCACUGCCCUUCUCAGGCUUGGGCAUUAGAACGGAGUUGACCAGGGAGAUUGGGAACAGAAACCUUUACGGUUCUUCCUUAGUUUUUGGCUUGAUUGCUUUCUUGAGUACGUAUGAACGUGCUCUCUUUUUUUUUUGUAUAUUGCUACCUUUGCUACAUCAAUGGAUAUCCUCCAUUC